ACUCAGCGCGCUGGGGGCGGUCAAACAAGGGCCGCUCCGAGCCCGGCGCAGGCACAGUCCGGGAGGCGCUCGGCCGGGAAGGAGGCGCGGCCAUUUCGCAGACGCAGGGAGACGCCCCGCCCCGGAGCAGCCUCUCGCCGCGGAGCCCAUGGGACGCGACCACUCUCCUCUGGUGACGGCGGCGCUGCUGCUGCUGAGCCUGGCUUCGGCGGACCUGACCCCCGCGCUCCCCCAGCUCUGCCCGCCCGGGAAGUUCCUCGGCUGCGCGGAGUGUGAGAAGAGGCUGCACGAAGUUUGUGUCGCCUGCCCCAGGGGCACUUUCUCCGCCACUGUCAGUGCCCGGGAGAGCUGCACCAGGUGCCGCAGGUGUGAAGGAAAAUUCAAAUAUAAAAGGGAGUGUUCUCCAACAAUGGAUGCAGAAUGUUCAUGUAAGGAUGGGCAUCGCUGUAUUGGAAAAGACUGUUCUAAAUGUGUAGAAAACUGUGGCGUAGGUCAGGAACCUCUUGAAGAAGCUUGCCAAACUUGUCCCAGUGGGACAUUUAACAAUCAGACCAAUGGUCCCUGCAGACAAUGGACAAAAUGCCUUCCAGAUAAGGUCCUGGUGAAUGGGACUAAUAGGAGUGAUGUGGUUUGCGAACAAGGUUCAGAAACUGUGACUCCAUCCCCCAUUUCCAUCAUAGUCCCUAUCCAUGUACAAGGGAAGGAUCUUCAGGUGGUCACCGUUGGGAUCGCUGUUACUGUGGCCGUGGUGGUAUGCAUGAUGUUUCUGCUGCCUUUGUAUGUGUGCUUCAGCAUCUGCGACAAAAAGAAACUACCUGCUAUGUUCAAGAAAAUGAAGGUAAGGCCUGAGCAAGCGACUCAGGAGGAAGAUGCCUGCAGCUGCCGCUUUCCAGAGGAAGAACAAGGAGACUGUGAUGACUGUAGCAAAUCCAAACUAUUCAGGGAUUCCUUGGUGCAUUAGAAAGUGGACUUUCUAAGAGAGCCAAUUGUGGUUUCCUUUCCUUUCAGAGCACAGGACCGGACUCCGGUUACAUAAUUGGGUGGGGAGGAGUGGGGAGUAGAAGUAGGUUAAGUGAAUUUUAAAACUUAUGGACUGAACAAUGCAGUCAGUGGUGGAAGAAGCAGGUCUUUCUCACUACAUCACUGUCCUAUAGACAGAAGAGUUGGUCUUUAUUUAAAAAAAAAAAAAAAAAAAAAAACUCUUUUUA